AAUGAGUGGCGAGAACGAAGCAGAUUCGAUGAUGUCGUCGCCCACAAAGAGCGGUAGCGCUCCACGGUUGAACGAGAGAAUCCUCUCGUCUUUAUCGAGGAGAGCUGUUGCUGCCCAUUCUUGGCAUGAUCUUGAGAUUGGUAAUUACUUAAUUAGACCUGGAGCUCCACAAAUUAUUAAUGUUGUGAUUGAGAUACCGAAAGGGAGCAAAGUGAAAUACGAACUUGACAAGAAACCGGUCUCAUCAAGACAGGAACCUGUAGUUCCGGGAUGUUUUCUUCGAGCCAGGGCGAUAGGUCUCAUGCCAAUGAUCGAUCAGGGAGAAAAAGAUGACAAGAUAAUUGCGGUAUGCGCAGACGACCCAGAGUACCGCCACUACACUGAUAUCAGCCAGCUCCCGCCUCAUCGUCUCACUGAAAUACGACGUUUCUUCGAAGAUUAUAAGAAGAACGAGAACAAAGAGGUGGCGGUGGACGACUUUUUACCUUCGUCGACAGCCUUGGAAGCAAUCCAAUACUCCAUGUAACUUUCUUGAAUUUCCCCUUUGCAUUGUAAAUAAUAAUAAUUAUCUGUGAUAAAUAGAACCCUAAUUCUGUAAAUUGUUGUACAGGGACCUCUAUGCUGAGUACAUCUUGCACAGUUUGAGGAAGUAAAUACAGGCUGCCCCAUUUUGGUCAUUUUAUCAUACAACAUCUGUGUUGUGAAAUUCUUUUUAUUUUUAUCUUUUAUUAGCUAUUUAUUUUGAAAGCUUAUACAUAAAAUGAAAUUGGCAUUUUCUUUUUUGGUUUAUUCGAUUGAAUUAAUUAAACUUUUUCACCUGUGUUUCAAAUGCAACAAUAUCGAAAACAAAUUCACAAAAUGGAACUUCAAAUCCAUCAUCGGAAGAGAAGUGUACAACUAUUUGAGAAAACGGAAUUCGACUUUCAAGGCAUACGAUGCCAUCGGAGCACAAAAUAAAUAACAUUAAGUAAAUUUAUUCGGCAUAGUGUCAAUCCAGCGAAUGCUGCAAUUUCCAAUAAUUUCUCUCAAUUCGGAGUUAAAUAAAUAGAAAGCAUACGAAACGA